GUGGAAUGGCAUCCCUCUCUUUUAGAUGUACCUGCUCAGACUAAGUUUGUUUACACGGUGACUGACCUUAAUGGAGGACCUCAGCCUCACUCACCCUACGAGGAGCAGUACAAAAAGAUUAUAUUCAAGGGUGGUGUGAUUGCAGGACAGCUGACGACAGUAGGGAUGCAGCAGACCUUUGCCCUGGGGAAAAGGCUGAGGAGAAGCUACAUGGAAGAAGCCAACUUUCUCUCACCCACAUUUAAGCCUGAUGAGGUUUUCAUCCGUUCCACUAAUAUUUUCCGGAAUCUGGAGUCCACACGGUGCCUGCUAGCUGGGCUGUACCAACAGCAGAAAGAAGGACCGGUUGUCAUUGUCACUGAUGAAGUAAGCUCUGAAAUCCUCUACCCCAAUUACCACAACUGCCAGCGCCUGAAAUGCUUGAGCAGGUAUAAGUUGAAGAAUGCUCUGCAACAGCCAGGUAUCUCUGAUGAUUUGAAAACAAUUAAGAAGAAGAUGGGUAUUGAUGAUGAUAAGUCUGUGGAUUUUUUUCAUCUCCUUGAUAACAUUUUUGCUGAGCAGGUGCACAAUUUGCCAAGCUGCCCUGUGCUGAAGAGCUUUCAGCAGACAGUUGAGCGCCGAUCUAUUGACGUGCUGCUUUUCUUUCUGGAAGAUGGUUCAAGAGAAGUUCUUCAGAUGAGUGUUGGUCUCCUUUUCCGUACCUUGCAGAAGAACAUUACAGAAGCAGUAAAUCCCUCAUCUCCAGCUGAAAAGGCCAGAAAGCUCAUUCUCUAUGCUUGUCAUGACACUACCCUUAUUCCUCUCCUGGUGGCACUGGGCACCUUUGAUGGCAAGUGGCCACGUUAUGCUUCAGAUGUGACCCUGGAACUGUACCAGGACCGGCAGUCCAAAGAGUGGCUUGUUCGCGUGUCUUACUGUGGAGAGGAACAAGUGGUGAAAGGAUGCAGAGCAGGUCUCUGCCCACUCGAAGAAUUUCUAGACGUUCUUUCACAGUACUCAGUCAGUCCAGAGGAAUACAAUAACCUGUGCUCCCAAAUGGAGGGGGAUUAGCAAACUGCCUGCUAAUUAAGUUGUCUUAAAUUAAAAUUAGUUUAUUGUCA